CUUUAUUAUCACAAUGUCGAUGUCAUAGGGGUUUUUCUUGACGCCCAAACAAUCUUCUCGUCUCUCGUCUUCCUCUGAACUUACACAAAGCUUUCGUUAAACACCUUAUAGGCACUCGAAUCUAACUCCCGAGCCCCAAAAUCCAUUUAAACCAAUGGGACAAGGCCCCUCAGGAGGUCUAAACCGGCCAGGCGGUGACCGUAAGGACCCCUCAAACAACAAGAAGGACAAGAAAUUCGAGCCGGCGGCUCCGCCAUCUCGCGUAGGCCGCAAACAGCGGAAACAGAAGGGCUCAGAAGCCGCCUCGCGCCUCCCCACUGUGACUCCGCUGACGAAAUGCAAGCUUCGGCUACUGAAGCUGGAGCGCAUCAAAGAUUAUCUGUUGAUGGAGGAGGAGUUCGUGGCUAAUCAGGAGCGGUUGAAGCCACAGGAGGAGAAGAAUGAGGAGGAUCGAUCGAAGGUUGAUGAUCUGCGUGGGACGCCUAUGAGCGUGGGGAAUUUGGAGGAGUUGAUUGAUGAGAAUCACGCGAUUGUGUCGUCGUCGGUGGGGCCCGAGUAUUAUGUGGGGAUUUUGUCGUUCGUGGAUAAGGAUCAGCUGGAGCCUGGAUGUGCUAUUCUUAUGCAUAAUAAGGUCCUUUCUGUAGUUGGGCUUCUUCAAGAUGAUGUUGAUCCCAUGGUGUCAGUAAUGAAGGUUGAGAAGGCUCCACUGGAAUCAUAUGCUGACAUUGGUGGACUGGAUGCCCAAAUACAGGAAAUUAAAGAAGCUGUAGAGCUUCCACUUACUCAUCCUGAAUUGUAUGAAGAUAUUGGCAUUAAACCUCCUAAAGGAGUCAUACUCUAUGGGGAGCCUGGAACUGGAAAAACUUUGCUUGCUAAGGCAGUGGCAAACUCUACAUCAGCAACUUUCUUGCGUGUUGUUGGAAGUGAAUUGAUUCAGAAAUAUCUGGGAGAUGGCCCAAAAUUGGUCAGGGAACUUUUUAGAGUUGCAGAUGAUCUUUCACCAUCAAUUGUCUUCAUUGAUGAAAUUGAUGCAGUUGGCACAAAAAGAUAUGACGCACAUUCAGGUGGUGAGCGUGAAAUUCAGAGGACAAUGUUGGAGUUGCUGAAUCAAUUAGAUGGUUUUGAUUCAAAAGGAGAUGUCAAAGUGAUUCUUGCAACAAAUAGAAUUGAGAGUCUGGAUCCUGCGUUGCUGCGUCCCGGACGAAUAGAUAGGAAGAUUGAAUUUCCUCUUCCUGACAUUAAAACUAGGAGGCGGAUUUUUCAGAUACAUACUUCUAGGAUGACAUUAGCAGAUGAUGUCAAUUUGGAAGAGUUUGUGAUGACUAAGGAUGAGUUUUCUGGGGCCGAUAUCAAAGCAAUCUGUACUGAAGCUGGUUUGCUUGCUUUAAGAGAGCGCCGCAUGAAGGUGACACAUGCAGACUUCAAGAAAGCCAAGGAGAAGGUGAUGUUUAAGAAGAAAGAAGGGGUACCAGAAGGACUUUAUAUGUAAUCAACCUAUUUCUGCGGCUGCCAACUACUCUAUGUUUUCAUGACUGUUUUUUAUUACCAAGAAGCUAUCUUAGGGAAAUUUGCAUCCCGGAACAGUGCAAUGUUUGCAGUUCUGUGACAUUAAAAGGGUUUGGUGUAAUUUUUCGUUUUUUAUCUUCUGAAUCAUUUAUGCUUGGCCAAAUGACUCUUUCUCACCCCACGUUUCAAACGACAGUUUUGUAUCCUUUAAGUUUAAAAAAACUGUUUUUUCAUCCA